GACAUUUAUCCAUGCCUAUUGUAGUGCAGGGAGAAUGCAAGAAGCCGAGGAUAUGAUAGUAAAGAUGAAGGAAGAAGGUGUUCUGCCAGAUUCCCUCACCUAUACCUUAUUGAUUGAUGCAUAUGGAAAUCUAGGCCUGACAUAUUCUGCAUUUGAUGUCCUCAAGCGCAUGUUUGAUGCCGGGUGUGAACCGUCUCAUCGGACAUUUUUAUCUCUGAUCAAACAUCUGUUGAACAAAAAGUAUGUGAAAGAGAAAGGUGCUGUAACAGGACUUUAUCUGGUGUCUAAUGUUGUUGAUGCAUCUGAUACAUGGAAGAUGAUGAAGUACGAUAUCAUCGUUGAAUUUUUCGAUAAAAUGCUGAAACUUGGUUGCAGCCCUGAUGCCAAUACCUAUGAGAAGAUGAUAAUAGGGAUAUGCAAAGUGGGGAAUCUAGGAGUAGCACAGAGAGUGUUUGAUCGAAUGCAAAUAGAAGGAAUAUCUCCGAGUGGGACAAUCUUUAAUGCUCUUCUUAGCUGUUGUUGCACAAUGAAGAAGUACGGGGAAGGAGUUGAGCUCGUGGAUGAUAUGAUUCGUAGUGGCCACUUACCGCAACUAGAGUCUUGCAGAAUUUUAAUUUGCGGACUUUACGAAGAAGGGGACAAAGAGGGAGGUCUCUCAGUUUUCCAGAGUCUGCUACCAUGUGGGUAUUAUCACGAUGAGAUAGCUUGGAAAAUUAUCAUCGACGGGUUGUUAAAGCAGGGUCUUGCAGAGGCGUCCUCUGAACUGUUUAACGUCAUGGAGAAAAGUGGAUGCAACUUUAGCCCUAGAACAUAUUCAAUGCUGAUAGAGGGGCUAGAUGCAACUUGAUACAGAUUCUUCUUCUCUCUUGUUUCAUUGAAGGUUUUGUUCGAGUUUGAGAUAGAGCACUGUCUCCUCUCCUUUUACUAGUUGAGAUGGAGGCUCAUGUACAUAGGUGAGGAGAUGGGCAAAGCCCAUGUCUGAAAAUGCAGGGGAAACUUUUUGAUAGUGAUCGGAUAUACUCAAUCUGCUGGGCCGAGCUCCUCUGCAGCGAAAAUCCUCAGAAAGGCCGAUAAAAGAAAACAAUGAGGGAUAGAGGGUGAAAUCACUACAUGGGUUGCUAUGGACAGAAUCAACGGGACACGAUGAAGAGUGGGGAGACUCGGUGGUAGUGUCCAAACUGAGGGCAGGAGGUGAAUAAGUCACACAUUUAUACGUGAGGAGGAGCCCUUCAAGCCUCUGUUUAGAACUCGCAAUCAGAAACCGAUUCUCUUCAUCCACUUGAUCUUGUUCAUGUCCAAGCAGUGAGAGAU